AUGAGGCUUCUCACGCACAACCUGCUCGCCUGCCACGCCAAGACGUGCGCCACCACCUCGAACAACUUCCCCCUGAUCCUCAAAGACGUCCAGCUCGAGCAGAUCGAGGCCGAGGAAAACGAGCAGUUCAUCCGAGGCUUCCUGCCAAAGCUCGAGUGGAACGCGCUAGUCUCGACCGCCAGAGCCCUUGGAGACACCUCGCUGCCGGACAAGGGCCCAGACCCAUCGGAGCCCAUGCUCGACGAGGGGCUCCUCCGGACGUUGCAUCAUGUUCUCCUCGAGAUCCACAUCGUCGAGGGUCAGAUGGUGUGCCCCAACUGCUCGCACGUCUACCAGAUCCGCAGUGGUAUUCCCAACAUGCUGCUGGCCGAACACGAGAUUGGCAAGUGA